AUGGCGCACAAGGAACCCGAGGAGGGGCGAGCAGCGACGUUGCGCCUCCACUCGUUCGAGUACGCAGUGCUGCCCGCGAACGCACCAGAGGUCAUCGUGGCAAACACAAUCUACGUCCGGGCACCAGACAAGAUCGAGCCAGUUGUUGAUGCGGAGCGGCGGAGAGGCUUCCAGGGCCUUGUGAAGCGAUAUAUGAACCAGCUCCUGUACGGGUGCCAGCGGGAGCGCUGCGACACGGCGACCUGCUACACGUUCCGCAAGACGCUCUCGCGGAGCACGAACGCCUCGCGGAAGCUCACGGUGCUGUCGGCACGGAUCAUCGCCUGCCACCUCGCGACGCAGGACGACCCGUUCAAAGCGCUGUGUCCCGGGAAGCCGGUGGUGCCCGUGAUGUCGCUGCACGCCGCCGAGGCCAAGGAGGCCAAGAGCGGGACCUCGCGCGACAGCAGCUUCCGCGAGGAGAUCCACGACGACGACGAGGCGGAGAAGGAGAACAAGGACAUGACUACGGUUUCGGGCUCGCCCGGCGGUGGCAACGGCGGCAGUAGGGAGAAGAGGAGGCACGGCGAGGGCGAGGCGGAGACGGUGACGGAUAAGGGCCUGAAGGAUCCAAAGUCGUUCCCGCAGCAGCUGUUUAACACGAUGUCUUUAAAAAUGGUAGAAUGGAUCGGGCUUCCCCCGAUUACGUCGGCGCUGAGGUUUUCUUCGGAGGGCGCGCUCCCGGCUACUACGGGGGGCCCGCCGAGGCUGUCUGAUCUAAACAGCACCCCCGGGAAUGGGUCGGCGCCGCCGUCGCCCCAUGAGCAGCCGCCGAGAUACAAGUUCCACUCAAGCCCAAUGGAGCUCAUAGACACGGGCCGGCUGCAUCGUGAUUCUGAGCCCGUGUCGCAGCAUAAACAUCAAGAGAUCCUACAGCAGCCUCCUGCCCAGAAGCGGCGCGCAUCCAACCCCGUGCAGAAAGCGCUGAUAGACGUAGUGACACCCACGCACCCCGGCGCUGCCAAAGCGAAGCAUUCUCUUGCGGGUGCCCGAGGGAAGACCUCCCCCGCGGUGCCACCGCCGAUUGGUCAUCACAGUCAUAAGCAGAGGCUCUUCCUCCCCCAGACCCCACAGGUCACGCCAACACGGGGGGAGAAGCAUGUGCAGAUAUCCUCCCAGACCCCCGCGAGCGAGCUCGUUACGCCGCCGCAAUCGCUGUCACGGCUGGAUCUCGAGAUAUGUACUGCCCUGGUGAACAUGUACAGCAGCGACAAUGCCACAACCAGAGCAGAUGUGUGCAACUUUGCCAAGCAGAGCUUGUUCUACGUCUUCAGUACGCCGGAGGCAUUGCUGAAAUCAUUCACAAGCACUGCAGAGUCAGAAGCGGAGGAGGAUUACCUGGACCUAGCGACGGUUGACCGGUCUUUGCGAACGCUCGUGACGAAUCCAGAGUGGGAAAUCAUGAUCCUGCGGAGCAUGUGGAUGGGGCUGGAGGCCGUGUUUCACCCCAAGGUGCUGAAGGAUAGAGAUGCGGCGCGGCUGAUAUUGCUGGCGCUGCAUGUCCUUGCGGCUAUGCUGCCCGAGAGCACCCCCGAGGAAUGGGAGGCUACGAGAAAGCUACGAGGGAGCGGGAGAGUUAGUGAAGCUGGAGUUGUGAGUGAGAUAGGGUUCGAGAAUGAGAUGGCGGAGAGGUUGAUGCGCAGGGUGGUGAGGGCGGUUGCGUAUAGGGUCUCGUAUGAUGGUGAUCAUGUUGCGGACUGGAUAAAGGGAUACCUCAAGAGAUGUGGAGCGGCACAGGAGAAACAGAGGCAGGAGGUUUUGUCACAUGAGUUCGGCGAGGAGUUGGCAAAGCUUUCGAAUAGAGGGAAAGGCGGCUGGAGCUUGAGCGUGUGUACGCUGGAAUGGUGCCGAGCUGUGUUGCUGAAAGCAUGGGAUGGACAGGAAACCGCGAAACGGGGAAGUGUAGUAGCGUCGUCUUUGGUGCUGCUAAAGAUCCUCCACGAGGACCACAAAUCCUACGGGCUAGAACCGGAAUACUUCUAUACCCCAGUUCUAUCGGACCGCUAUGAUGCUAAGGACAUGCCCGUGGAAUGGUUCAAUGCCACCCCCGACCCAAAGAUCGUACAUUUCCUCGAAUACCCCUUCAUCUUCCCCCCACACGCAAUCGUCACCUACUUCCGCGCCGUAAACCUCUACCACAUGUCCAAGGCAUUCGACAAGUCCAUGACGAUGGUGCGCCUGACGCACCAGAUGUCCGUCGGAAACACCAUCCUAAACCCCAACCGCGAGAUCCAAAACCUCAUGCGCAAGAUGCGUAUCGCACUAAACAUGUAUCUCCUCGUCGAGGUGAACCGCGAAACCGUCCUCGAGGACGCCCUGAACCAGAUAUUCCGGCGCGAGCUCCGAGAGCUGCAACGGCCGCUCAAGGUGCGCUUCUCGAACAGCGGCGAGGAGGGAGUCGACCACGGCGGUGUGCAGCAGGAGUUCUUCAUCAUCUCGAUGAGGGAGGCCCUGAGGCCGGAUUAUGGCAUGUUUACAACGGACGAGAGGAGCAGGAUGAGCUGGUUUAGCGUGUGUCCCGUGGAACCAGUGCACAAGUUUGAGCUACUGGGACUCCUGGUUGGGUUAGCGGUCUAUAACGGCGUCACACUGCCAGUCACGUUCCCGAGGAUACUGUACAAGAAGCUCCUGGGGAUGGAGGCGACCUCACUGGACGACAUCAAAGACGGCUGGCCCAGCCUCGCCAGCGGCCUCCAGGAGCUCCUCGACUGGGACCAAGGCGACGUCGGCGACGUAUUCCUGCGGACCUACGACUUCUCCUACGAAGCCUUCGGCGCCGUCAAGAACGUCAACAUGCUGAAAGCCAAAGAAACGGGUCUCGAGUUCCUCGAAGACAAGAUUGCGCGGCCGCCCGCCUCGAGCAAGCAGAAGAAGAAGGAGAAGAAGGAGGAGAAGAAGCCCGAAGCGGACGCGAUCGAGGGGCUGCUGGAGCUGCAGAACUGGCUGCCGGCGGAGCCGGAGAGGGAUCCGUGGCUGGGCGGGCUGAACGAGGUGCUGGAUGUGCUGAAUAGGGCGGAGAGUCCGGUGAGGCAGAGGGGGUAUGAGGUUACUUUCAGGGAGUGGCCGGGGGAGGGGAGUGGGAGUGGCGCGUGGGAGGAUGUAGAGGAGGCGGAGGCGAGGCGGCAGAGCUUGGGCGCGGAUGCAGAUGCGGACGCGGGUGAAUCGGAGAGAGUGGGCGCGGGCGAGGCAGAGGUUGCAGAUCAGGUGGGGGAGCCAUCGAGAGCCGGCGCCGAGUUGUCGUUUGUGGAGCUCACGGCCGAGUCGGUGCAAGAAGAAUCCAGAGCCAAGGAUGAAGAGCUGGCGAAAGCAAAAGCGGAGGCAUCAUCCAGGGCAGAGGCAUCUGCAGAAGCCGCCGCCGCGGCAGACGAUACGGCCCAUGAGAAAGAAGGAGAAGGGUACUUGGGCGGGGAGAUCAGCUCCGACGACUCCAAGGCUAGAGACAUGCCGGAAGGAUCAGCUAGAUUCACCGAGAGCUGGCACGAAUUCGAAGAGGAAGCGGAGCUGGUGGCGAAUAGCAAUCGGGAGCAGUAUGUAAAGGAUUACAUAUCAUGGCUCACCGACCGGUCAAUCCGCCGCCAGUACCAGGCUUUCGAGAAGGGUUUCUUUGCUGUGCUUGAUCCCAAAGCGUUGGGUCUCUUUACUCCUGCGUCAUUACAGAGUCUAGUCGAGGGCACCCAAGAGAUCGAUAUCGAGGAGCUCGAGAAGACCGCACGAUACGACGACGGCUACGGGCCUGAACAUAAGACUAUCCGCGACUUCUGGAGCAUCGUUAAGGGCUUCAAUAGUGUCAAGAAGCGGCAACUGCUGGAGUUUGUCACAGCGAGUGAUAGGGUCCCCGUUAAUGGGAUCGGAAGUAUCAUGUUCUACAUCCAACGGAACGGGCCGGAUACUGAUAGGGUCCCAACUAGCUUGACUUGUUUCGGCAGACUGUUGUUGCCAGAGUAUAGUGGCCGCAAGAAGCUGAAGGAGAAGUUGAAACUGGCGCUGGAGAAUGGGAAAGGGUUUGGCGUUCCGUGA